AUGAACUCCGGGGAGGCGCCGGACCUCCAGGCGCAGCUGGCCGCGGCCGUGCAGGCGCUCAACCACGGCGCUCACCCUUCCGCACGCCUCGCCGCCAACCAGUGGCUCCUCGGCCUGCAACGCUCGCCGCAGGCGUGGGCGCUGGCGGCCUCGCUGCUCGCCUCCGGGGAUUACCCGGCCCCUUCCGCCGACCUACUCUUCUUUGCAGCCCAGAUGCUCCGCCGGAAGAUCCAGUCACCUGGCGCACCGCUCCCGGACCCCGCAGGGCAGCUCCUCGACGCGCUCCUAGUCGCGGCACGCCGCUUCUGCCUCGGGCCUCCGCGGCUGCUCACGCAGAUCUGCCUCGCCCUUGCGGCGCUCGCGCUCCGCGCCGAGGGAGGGGUAGAUGGCCUUUUCGCGCGAAUGCCACACUUACCUGACCCCGCCUUGCUGGAGCUGCUCACCGUGCUCCCCGAGGAGGUGGCGCAGGAUCAGAGCGGCGACACGGGGGUCGACUCCGCCUCGCGGUGUAGGUACACGCGCGAGCUUCUCGCGCACGCGCCCGCCGUGCUUGACUUCCUGCUCGCCCAGUCUGAGAAGCCGGACGCCGCCCACGAGCCAAGCCGAAGAAUCCUGCGAUGCCUACUGAGCUGGGUCCGCGUGGGAUGCUUUUCAGGAACGCCUGCGGCCGCGCUUGCCGUGCAUCCACUUCUCACGUUCGCGUUCAACUCCCUGCAGGCGCCCUUCUCGUUUGACGUGGCCAUUGAGGUUAUGACGGAGCUUCUCAGCCAGUAUCAAGAUUUACCUCAGGCUUUUCUAAGCAAGAUUCCAUACAUCAGAGAAGUUCUACUUUUACCAGCUCUAGCCAACAGAAGCGAGAAAAUUGUAGCUGGUAUUGCUAGUUUGAUGUGUGAAGUUGGUCAGGCAGCACCUGGUUUGGUUGCAGAAGGGAGCAAUCAAGCACUUGCCCUUUCCGAUGCAAUUUUGAGAUGUGUAGCUUUUUCUAGUGAAGACUGGGGGAUUGCAGAUUCCACUUUGCAAUUUUGGUGCAGUUUGGCACAUUUUAUUCUUGGUAUUGAUGUGCAAUCAGCUGAAAGGAAUGCCACGCAAGAGACGUUUCUCCCUGUGUUUUCUUCACUGCUAGAUGCUCUUCUUUUUCGUGCUCAGAUUAUUGACACUGAUGAGCAUGUCACUGAUGGAGUAUGUUCGCUACCCGAUGGGCUAGCACAAUUCAGACUGAAUUUGGAGGAGCUUCUUGUUGAUGUGUGUUUGCUUUUAGGUGCCCCUGCAUAUAUUAAUAAGCUUUUUUCUGGUGGAUGGGGUUUCGUUAGCCAAUCAAUACCUUGGAAAGAGGUAGAAGUUAGAAUGUACGCACUUAGCAUGGUUGCUGACACGAUUUUACAAGAUGGAAGUCCCUUCGAUUUUUCGAUCAUAAUGCAUUUUGUGAAUAUUCUAUCCAGCGGGACACUGGCUGAACUGCAUGGCUGCCAGUUCGUUGUAUACAAAUCUUUCGGUGACGUCAUUGGUUCUUAUUCAAAAUGGUUAUCGUCUUCCCAAAGUAAUAUUAAGCCAUUACUCCUAUUCUGUGCUUCAGGGAUUUCAAAAUCCUUAUCGUCAAAUUCUUGCUCCUUGGCGUUGCGGAAACUUUGUGAGGAUGCUACAACAUUCAUCCAUGAGCCUCAGAAUCUAGAGAUUCUUUUCUGGAUUAGUGAGGAUGUACUUCUCUUGUUCAUUGAUGUCUUCAUGGUUUUCAUCACCGUUGGGUACUAUCACAGUCGGCCAGAUCUAUGGUCUAAUGGUAUGGAUGAGGGGAAUCUACGGAUAGAGGAUGAGGAAGAGAUAGUUAGUGCAAUUACACAUGCUCUAUGUUCUAUUCUUGACAAAGAGCCAAGGAAAAAUUCGCUGGCCAGGCUGCUUUAUUCAAGCUACUCAGCAGUUGAAAAGAUUAUUGACAUAGACAGAGAUUAUUUGCUCAGGCAAAACCCUGGUGCUUACACAAAAGCCAUGAAUGUUGCAGUUCGUGGACUUCACAGAAUGGGUGCUUUGUUCAGUCACCUGACAGCGUCAGUUACAUCUGGUCUGAUUGAUGAUGAUAUAAUUUUGGUUCUUCUGGGUAUAUUCUGGCCGCUCCUUGAAAAGCUUUCUCAGUCAUCUCAUAUGGAGAAUACUAGUUUAUCUGCAGCUGCAUGUCGUUCUCUUUCUUCGGCCAUACAUUCUUGUGGGCAGCAUUUCCAAAUUUUGUUACCUAAAAUUCUGGAAUGCUUAUCGACAAAUUUCUUACUGUAUCAAAGGCAUGACUGCUUCUUAAGAACAGCUGCCAACGUAAUUGAGGAAUUUGGCCACAAGGAAGAAUAUAGCGCUGCAUGUGUCAGAACUUUUGAAACGUUCAGCUCUGCAGCCUCACUAUCAAAUUUGAAUUCUUCUUACACAUGUGACCAAGAACCCGACCUGGUUGAAGCCUAUGCAAACUUCACAUCUGCAUUUAUCCGCUGCUGUCCAAAGGAAGCUGUCAUAGCAUCGGGUUCACUGCUUGAGUCGUCAUUCCAAAAGGCAGCUAUAUGCUCUACAGCAAUGCACCGAGGGGCAGCAAUUGCUGCGAUGUCAUAUAUGUCAUGUUUUCUUGACGUUAGCCUCACUGCUGUCCUGGAGUCUCCAGGAUGCCUCGAUGGAUCACGUGGUGUGGUGCUCCUUCAAAUUUUGGCACGCUGUGGUGAAGGUCUUAUGUCUAAUGUACUUUAUGCUCUACUUGGUGUAUCAGCCUUAUCAAGGGUGCAUAAAUCUGCAACAAUGUUGCAGCAAUUGGCAGCAUUAUGCAGCCUCUGUGAGAGAACAAUGUGGAAGGCUAUUCUUUGUUGGGAUUCCAUCUGUAGGUGGCUGCAAUCAACGGUGAAAUCUUUACCCUCGGAGUACCUAAGGCAAGGGGAAGCUGAGAUGAUAAUUCCAUUAUGGCUCAAGGUGCUUCAGGAUGCAGCCUCAGACUAUCUUCACAGCAGAACUGGGGAUAAUGGCAGAAACCAUCCUGAUUACAUGCAAGGAAAAGGUGGAAGGACCCUUAAACGCAUAAUUCGAGACUUUGCAGAAAGCCACCGAAAUGUCCCAACCCCCUGUCCUUCUUGAUACCGGACGGAACUGCCUUGAACUGCCCUGUUGCACCAUUCCCGUCUGGAAUACAUGAGCUAAAGAGGGUCCGUGCUUGCAUGUGGAUCUUGACAGCUCGCAUUGGGGGCUCAGGUUCGAUCCCAAGGUUUUGAUUCAGGAUGAUAUGUGUUUCUUCAGAUGUGAAGACCAAGCUAGGAGCUGUGACCUGCUUCCUGCACCAACAUACUGAAGAAAAACGAGAGGUCGCCAACCAAGAGAGGUUGCUCUGCUGACUAUUUUUGAGUAAUCCAGUAGCCUCAUGCAACCAAGUGCUGAUGGCCUUUCCAAAGAAAUUGUAGCGAGAUGUAUGGUUUCUGGGUGGGCUAUUGCAACACUUGUUAUGCUGGGAAGCAGGCAAAGAAGCAAGUGGAGAAGGUAUAUGUGAUAGUUGUGCAUAUUAUUCUUUUACAAUUGGUUUUCUGUACAAAACAUUAUGUGCCUUUUCUUUUCAAGAUACAAGGACUGAGGUUUAUCCCUUGACAAUUCUGAGAUUAAGGUAGAAAUGAGACUCAAACCUGAGUGUGAGGUUCACAUCCAUGUGUGCAAACUACUACACCCAUAGUAGUUCUUCAAACAUUCAUGGAUGAGUAUUUCAUCUCAAAAUUUGAGUUUUAAUGGGAAAAGUGGGCAUUUGAUCGAAUCA